AAAAGUCAUGAAAAGUCAUUAAAUAAUUUUCUUUAAAAUUAAGGCCUUAAUUAGCAUUAAAAGUCAUUAAAUGUGAUUAUCGGUGGCAUUAAAUGUCUUAUUUUUUAAUACGUUUAUUAAAACAGUUUUGUCAGAUAUAUUAUAUGAGAUAUAAGUGCUUCCGCCAAACACGCUGAACUUCUUCCGGUUGAACGUAAAGCCAUAUGUUCGGACAAGAAACUCGAGGCGGAGAAAAAGCUACAAAAUGGGCAAAUGCAAAUUUCAGCAGAAGUGGUUGGAAGACGCGGAAUUCGGGGCAUGGCUGAAGCCUGUCGAUGGUAACGACAAUGAAGGUUUUUACCGUGUAUGCAAAAAAAAAAUUAGGCUUUGCACAAUGGGAGUCAACGCUUUAAGAUCACACAUGAAGUGGGAGAGCCACAGAUCCGCUACACGGUGCAGACAACAGCUAACCAUGUCGAGCUACUUUUCUGUAACCGACACAGUAACGUCGGCAGUAGCUACCGGAACCAGCACAGCAGCAGCUGGAGCCAGCUCUACCGCCGGGAAAUCAGACGUUCUGCGAACAUUUGGAUCCAAUGCAACGCUGAAUGCGGAGGUGCUCUGGUGUCUGAACACGGCCAUGCAACACCACUCAUACGCUUCUAAUGAAGGUGUAUCCGAAUUGUUUCAGGCAAUGUUUCCAGAUUCGGAAAUAGCUAAAUCUUUCGCCUGUGGAAAGGACAAAACUGGCUACAUUUUAAAGUUUGGACUCGCCCCACACUUCAAAAAUGAACUGAUUUCAGCAGUUAACAACGCAGGACCAUUUGUGCUGAUGUUUGAUGAAAGCUUCAACCAAUCAACAAAAAAUAAACAACUAGACGUGCAUGUUCGGUUUUGGGAGGCUGGUUUUGUCCAGUCGCGUUUUUUUGGAUCACAGUUCAUGGGGCAUUCAAAGGCACAAGAUCUACUGCACCAUUUCAAAAAUUGUGUGCGUCAACUCGACAUGAAGAAUCUUCUUUCCAUUGGUAUGGAUGGACCAAAUGUGAACUUAAAGUUCCUCAACGAUUUCCAACAAGAACAUGCGGAAGUACAUGGAGGUCGGCAGUUAAUUAAUGUUGGGAGCUGUGGAUUGCACACCCUGCACAAUUCACUCAAAACUGGCUUCUCUAUAUGGAAUAUUGAGAAACUGUUAAGAGCAAUGCACUUUGUUUUUCACAAUGUACCUGCACGAAGAGAAGAUUAUACAAAACAUACUGGUUCAUCCAUCUUUCCACUCCCAUUCUGUGGACACCGAUGGGUGGAAAAUCUUCCGGUUGCAGAGAGAGCCAUUGAGGUAUGGCCAAAACUUAAGGAGUAUGUGAAGGCAGUACAUAAAAAAAGAGCUACCAAACCCUGGAACUUCCUCUUUUGACACCAUUCAAGUAGCAAAUGAAGAUCCACUCAUUUUGGCCAAGCUUCAUUUUUUUGCAGCAAUCUCCAGAACCUUUAGUCCAUUCCUGAAGAAAUAUCAAACUGAUGAACCAGUCCUGCCCUUUCUGUGCAGAGACUUGACUGAGUUGAUGAUGAACCUGGUGAGACGAUUCAUCAAAAGGGAGCUGCUCCAAGACAUCACUCCAUUUCAACUGACCAAACUUGACCCUGAUGACCAGAAAAACUGGAUCAGUGCAAGCAAAGCUGACAUUGGCUUGGGUGCUGAGUCUGUACUCAAGGUGAUGCUGUUGUGCAACAGUUUGACAGCUUUCUUUCUCUGUAUGGCAAAAGUGAUGAGUUCCUCUCCUUUAAACCUAUGGAGCAACGGCUUGAUGCUUUUCUUCAUGGAACAUUCAAACAGUCUUUUACUGAGCUGCAGAGUUUCCUUCAGCGCCUCCUGCUCCUCUCUCAUGGGCAAGCUACAGUAGAGAGAGGCUUCUCUGUUAAUAGAGAAGUAGAGGCUUGCAACAUAAAAGAAGAAACUGUUGAGGCCCAGAGACUAGUCUGUGACCACGUUAGAGCGUGUGGGGGUGUUCUCAAAGUGCCUCUUACAAAACAACUACUGACAUCUGUAGCCUCAGCCAGGACCAGGUACAGGAUCUACCUUGAUGAAGAAAGACAGAAAAGAGAGGGUGCAAUCCGUGGGCAAAAGAGAAAAGCUUUGGAAAGUGAGCUUGAAGAACUGAAAAAGAAGAAAGAAAUGUUGGCGGGUGUGUGUGUCAGCCUUCAGAAGGAUGCUGAUCAACUAGCUGAGCAGGCUGAAAACAAAUCUAGCACACUUAUGGCUCAAAUGCUAACAAAAUCUAAUACUCUAAGAAAGAGGUACAAGGACAAAUGCAUUGAACUGAAAAAUGUUGAGUCAGAACUUGAAUUGAAAGCAAAGCAACUGCGAGAAAUGCCUUAAUCCUCUUUUCUAAAAAAAAAAAAAAAAACAGAAUAUUUGUUAUUGAUGUACCUUGUUGUGUAGCAUUUGAAAAUAAAUGUCAUUUUUGUAGCAGGUGUUUUUGUAUCUGAUGUUUUCACAUAUUUCCAGUUCAUUUCCAUUUCAUUUGUAGUGUUAUGUCUUAAAAUCUUAAAGCACUUUAAUAUAUAUAUAUA